UUCGGCCUCUGACUUCGCGAGGGGAUGAAUCCUAUUUUGGUUGAGUCGGGAACGAUGGGAAACAUGGGCCAUCACACAAUGUCUGUAAACCCUGGCUUGUCGGUCCGUAGGUGGGGGGCUCCCCCUCCUCUGACACACCCUUGAUGGCGCUGCCUCUCCAGUAGGAUGCCUCCCCUUCCUAUUUUCUUCCUGGUACGCCAUCCUCACCUGGCCUCCCCAGCUGGGGACCCCACCUUCCAUCAUGAAUCAUGAACAGAGCCUCCACAAUAACGCGGUGGCCUGGCUGGUGUGUUCGGGGCUGGCUGUCCUCGCCAACGCCUGGGGGAUCCUCAGUGUCAGCGCCAAGCAAAAGAAAUGGAAACCUCUGGAGUUCCUCAUCUGCACCCUGGCUGGGACGCACAUCCUUAACAUCUCCAUCCCCAUCACCAUGUAUUCCGUCAUCCAGCUCCGUCAGCGGCACUCGGACUACGAGUGGAACGAGGGCCUUUGCAAAGUCUUUGUCUCAACCUUCUACACCUUGACAUUGGCCACCUGCUUCUCCGUCACCUCCCUUUCCUACCACCGGAUGUGGAUGGUGCGCUGGCCGGUCAACUACAGAUUAAGCAAUACUAAGAAGCAAGCGGUCCAUACGGUGAUGGGCAUCUGGAUGGUGUCCUUCAUCCUCUCCACGCUGCCGGCCGUGGGCUGGCACGACACCACCGAGAGAUUCUACGCCAGCGACUGCCGCUUCAUCGUCACCGAGAUCGGCCUGGGCUUCGGGGUCUGCUUCCUGCUCCUCAUCAGUGGCAGCGUCGCCAUGGGGGUGGUCUGCGUGGCCAUCGCCCUCUUCCAGACCUUCUCUCUCCAGGCCGGGAACAAUCUGGACAAAAACAAGUUCAACGUGCCCACCAUUGUGGUGGAGGAUGCCCAGGGCAAACGCCGCUCCUCCAUAGACGGGUCGGAACCCAUUAAGAUUUCCCUGCAGAUCACCUAUUUAAUCACCGGCAUCGUUUUCCUCUACGACUUCCUGAUGGGGUUUCCCGUCUUGGUGGUCAGUUUUGCUAGUUUAAAGUCGGACGUGGCCUACGACUGGAUGGUCUUGUGUAUCCUCUGGUGCUCAGUGGCGCAGUCCCUUCUCUUGCCAUUGUUCCUCUGGGCCUGCGACCGCUACCGAGCUGAUGUCCGCUCUGUCUGGGAGAAGUGCGUGGCCAUCAUGUCCAACGAUGACGGGGGGGAAGAAACCAGUUUGGACCGGCCGAUUCCCACCGACUUGAUGUACUCACAUCCCUACCCCGACAACUUUUCCGGGGAUGUUCUCACUCUGGACCAGAUCACCAACUAUGACCUGGAGAGGGGGGUCCCCCAGGUCUACCCCGCGAAGCCUCUCCUGGAGGACAAGAUGCAGUAUCUCCAGGUCCCUCCCACCAGGCGUUUCUCCCACGACGAAACUGAGAUUUGGACAACCAGCCAGAUUUCAGCCUACUUCCAGCACUGGGGAGCUGGGGAGGACCUCACUGCUGAGCUGGCGGGCCUGCUGCUCCCUCAGCCUCGAUACGACCGGAGAAGGAGCAGUAUCCUCUCCUACCAGGAGGAACGGCGUCCAUAUCGCAAGCGCCGGAAGUCCGCAGAGAGCACGUUGUCCCUCAAGCCGUUCUCCUGUGAGGAUGUCCACCAGCAGGGAGGGUACAAGUGCUUCAGCAAGGAGGAGGUGAUGGAUUUCAUGGAUGACCCCAGCCCCCUUCCCACCCCGAGGAGAGCGCCCUUGCGGUCCGCCUCGGUCUCCCUCCUCCCAGACGUCUUUCCACGCUGUUCCACCACCAUGGCUCUCAGCAACUUCCCCUUGACCACUUUUGAGCGCGAGCCCCAAGUCUUGCGGAGCAUCUCAGUCCAGGGACGAGGGACCUCGCUGGCGGUGCCGGCCCCUCUCGUGACUCAGGAGGACGUGCAGAUCCUCUUCCCCAAAGGGAGCUUGGACAUGCCUUGCCACGAGCAGAUUCACGUGGAGCUCUGCGAGACUCCCGGGACAGAGGACCGUCCCGUGAGCAGCAGCUGCGCCACGUCAGAGGGUUUCCGGACAGGUCUCAGUCCCUCCUGGAGAGGCCAAGAGGACCUACGGAAAAAUGGGAGCAAGGGAAGCACGAGCAGCUUUUUGAGUUCGCCCUCGGCCUCCUCCGGAUACGUAACAUUCCACUCGGAUUCUAUCGGCUCGGCCUCGUAGACCCCAGGUGACGGGGAGUUGUUUCGCACGGGCAUCUUCCAGAUUUCUUUCUCCCUCCACAAGAUUUCCUCCUUGUUGCUUCUGGAUUUGGUCACAGGGACUGGACAAAUCACCAAAGAACCUUUACCCCGUCUCUCGUCCUUGUCGUGAAAAGCAGGAGCGAGAAGAUAACUUCUGAGAGCCACCGUUGUACGAAAAAGCCCUUCAGAUCCAGACGGGUCCCAUCUCAAGAGCGGGGUAUGUCCUCCUCUCUUCCCGUCUACUGCAAGAACCCACACAGCUCGUCCAAAAUUGACAGACUUUUUUUUGUUCCUAAUCAUCUCACAUCCUCUCAAAGUACUUUCUAGGUAGAUGUUAACUGUGCAUGUCUUUCCGUACUGGUCUUUCCGUGUUGGAGCCCGGAAGCUGUUGCCAAAAACGGAGAGCUGAUUUUCCCCUGAAGAAACUGGGCGGGGGAAGAGCUCCAAAUUUCUCAGAGUCGCUGUUCUACAUUCCAAGAGACCCCUCUGUAAGUGGCGGGUGAGACCCCCGCAUGGUCUGUUCUUCCGGAAUAGCGUCACGUGGGGACUGGGCCAACCCCAAGACGGAUUGUUCCUCUCCCAUCGUGGUGGAAGCUGCAGCUGAAAAAGGCGGGUGGGGGGAAGCAAGUCCAAUCUAGGUGGGGAAAAUUCCUUUUGGCUCGUCCCCCGGGCCCCUAAGCGAGAGAACUCACCACCCUACCUCCUUUUCAGUGCCAAAGCCUUGCCCCACAUUCUGCCCCAUAAAAUCCCCUGGAAUGCAGCAACGGAGACCGCAGGCUUUCCUUUGCACGGUCCUACCCAAGAGCAAUACAAAAAACGGCGCAACCCCUCCGGGGAGGCUGUUGCAACCCAUGACAAGCGGUGGGGCCGCUGCCCUGCAAUGGGGGGGAAUGCCUGCCUCACAUAGAUCUGGUUUUGAGGGGGACCAGGGGGGCAUCAUUAAGGCACUUGGUAGAACAGACUUUCCACGUUGGGGAUCCAACAUUUACCUUUUCUUCUGCGUUUGGGCAAAGCGUUCUUCCCUGUCUCCCGCCCGCCCUGCGCCUUCUCGAGGGUUCCUCUGCGCCCUGGCAGAACUGGUGCUCCCGGGAAGCACCCCACCCCACCCCACCCCUUAGAUGCUUGGCACCUGGCCAGAUCAGUGCAGGCCAAGCAAACGGACGUUCCUGGUUGAAUCCUCAGGCUGAGGUGGGUGCUCGCAUGUCUUGAUUGAAAAGGGGGGAGGGGGGAAAUUAGGGGCCUGGGAAAGGAAUGGGAACCGAGAGCAACGGUUGUUUAAUAUUGUACAAGACCUAAGCAUUUCAGUUUUGUUUUCCCGCUGUAGUUGAUUAAGUGGUCAUCCUGCCCAGAUCGUCCAUUUUUGGUCCGAAGAGAAGCUGUCCUUUUACGGAUGGAGGUCUGCAUGCAAAACGCGGGGUCCUGCCCCCACUCCUCCCACUCUCUCAUCCACAUCGGCUUUCCCCAUCAUUUUAUCCUCAGCCCCGCAGUCCCCGUCUCCCCCCAUCAGGCAGGGGGGUCUGAAUUUGGGGGUGUCGGCUGAAAUUGGAGCUCCCACCAACACUGCUGACCUGUUUGUCUUCCCCAAACGGGGAAAAAAAAAUUCCCCAGAUAGUAAACUCAUCUAGGAUACUGUGCAAGAAGAAGCAAAAGACGGGGUGGGGGGUUCAAAUGAAGAAAUCCUGGGCAGGAAAAGGAGCAAGGAAUAUUGUGGAGGUGCACGGUCUUCUCACCAGCCCCCCAAAAGGCUUUGCCACAGCAGAGGCACCCCAGUUCAUGUGUGGGUCUUGUAACCCAGCGUUGCUCAAUCCCAGCCACUUUAAGAUGGGUGGACUUCAACUCCCAGAAUCCCCCAGCCCGCUGGGUGCCCCUCUUUCUUCUGCGCUCUAUGGUUGGGAGCACACAUCCUGAUCCCCAGGGACUUCCAUGAAAAAGGGGAACCACAUCGUAAAUCCCCAAACCAUCUUUAUUUUCUUUUUGGUUCGUGGUCUGAGCCCCCACAGAGGGGAGGGGAGUUUGUGGGUGAGAUUCUAUGAGAAUAUCCCCAAACUGUAGGAUAACGUGGGAAUUUGCAAAACAAAAACUCCAAAUGAAGGCAAUAAGAAAUCAUUUCUACUCAACUGUACCCAUGAAAAACAUUUUACCUGAGGGGGGUAUCAUCCUCACGCCAAAUCUGGACAAACUGCGCAGUUUCUGUUGCUCUUAGCUUUCUUUUUAACUUCUCACUUUCACCAGCAAGCCCUGGCAUCUCCUGAUGGCCUCCCGUCCACGGCCUGACCACAUUUCACCCUGCUUACCUUCCAAAGCUUCGAAAUAAGACCGAGGCAAAGAUUGCUGUCCCUGAUUCCUCUCCCUAGAGCAGAAAAAGGCAGAAUGUGCUGUUUAUAUCUGCUCAGUUUAAUUCUGUUUUCCGUGGCUCAGAAUGGCAUCUAAACUCUGUGUGUGUUUAUCGGUGCAAUUAGACAUUUCCCUUUUACAAAGAAAAGUCCAAUUUAAGAGCAGUUGAACUCCAGAGUCCCUAAAUCAACUUUGACACUGGGUUCAUUCCCUCUAGGAGUGAAAUGCCAGCACAGUUCAUCCUAUUCUGUUUUUUGAACUAUUAAGCUGCUAGUCCUCAUGAUUCUUCUUCCAAGCCGGCUUUUGGCCGAUGGAGCGUUUCGCUUUCUCGGAUCUGCCUUCGGAGACAGAUCUGAUGUCGCACUUUUUCCCAACGCCAGUCUUGGGUUGGCGUAGCCCCCAUCCAUUCGGGACUUCUGUGCUUCCUGCUCUUCUAAUGUUUUUAAUUGCAAGGAGGAUUUUUUAAAGAAUAAUUUCAGUGCUGGGAAAGUGGCCAUUUUUGGAUCUCAGACCUCGGCCCAUGUCAUUUAGCCUGUGGAGGCAUCAAAAGGAGCUUUUUGGCCAUGCCUGAGCUCGACUGCCCACCCGACCCAUCUUCUGCGUUCGCACAAGACGUCCAACCCUCAGUGAACCAAACAGCCUUGCCUUCGCUUCCCCCCCAAAAAAUCACCGAAUCUUGCUAGAUCUCAUCAUCAGAGGGCGACCUUCUAGAAAAACAAAAUUAUGCAGAAUUUCCCAGUUUUUCCCAACGUGGCACCCCUCCUCUGAUGUACCAAUCAAUUUAGACAGCCGACCAACACGGGAACGUGGCACGUUUGCUGUCUUGGCCCGUCCUGUCCCAUCUCUUUGAUUGACAGGAACUGGACGAAGUUUGCGGCAAAUUGGGUAGAUCACGUUCAGUCUGCAGGAAGAGAGAGUCCCAAGUAAAAAUUCGAUGCCACUUCUCGGUCAUUGUUUGCCCCCAAACUUGCUUUUCUUGUGAACACAUCUACUAACGUUCUCCCCAAGUGGUCUGAUAGACAAACCACCUUCCAACCAGCUUCUCACGUAAAACAGAAUGGAUUUGGGUGCCCCCUACUCAGGCAAAGGAGGAUUGAGAAGUCAAACUAGGUUAGUUUGGGCUAAAUAGAAAACAGAGUUUGUGCGGGUUUCCCGGGUGGCGAAUAUGGGCAUUUAAUUUGGAUUUUCUUGUUCUGCGGCAAUCGAGUUUAGACGCGCCCCCCUCAAAACGCCUCCCAAACAUUCAUGAUGAGGAAACAGCCGCUGGACGUGUUUUUGUCCUGCUAGGUGAGGCACGCUACCCCUGAAUAUGGAGGCUCCACUUUCCCAAUUCUAGUGUUGUAAAGCUGUUCCCCUCCCCAUGAACCGUGUAAUACCUAUGCAGAAUAUAAUCAGGCACCGUGCACAGUUAAGGUUUUACGAAAACAGGAAGCCAGUUGUGGUUCUGGCUCAGGGUUUCUUAAGCCAAGAUGGAGUUGCCCUUGUAACUAGGAUUAUUUGAACAAGCCAUUGUAGCCAAUCCAUUCCCAUCCACCCUCCAGUCGUGAUAAAAUCCGCAAAGCGGAAGAGACAUUCUCAAAGGGAAUUAAACGCAAACCUCGCAAGCUAAAGGAGAAAGAACUGCCUGAUCAUGGGUUUCCUUUUGAGAAACCAGCCCAAGCCAACUUAAGUUUCUAGUCCUCAUGAUUAGAGGAUGACGGUGGGCCUAAACUCACACACAAAACUGAGCACUAGGAAAGAGUCCCCAAAAAGGAACCGUGCGGGGCGGUAACAUGCCAGGAUCGAUCAAUGGUGCAUCUGUCAGAGUGUGAGAUUUUUUUUAAAACGUGCCAAGGAUCCAUUCUCCACAGCAGGCGCCCUCCCCGCCUAUUGCUUUAGUGCCAACCCUCUGGAAUCCCACCUCCCUGCAAAAAAAUAAAAUAAAAUAAAGAAUGUCGUGCCUUUCAAAGGGUUUAAAAAUAACCACGCUGGCCAUUUCGGAUUACUGGGGAUAAUCCAGCCGGCGAGAGGUUUGGGCCUCUUUUACAGAGAGGGUGGGGGUCUCACGGGGGGGGGACGAUGCCGUUGAACCCUCUGUUGUACUGUAUCUUUUUAACUCUUUCUGGGGUCACCAGGCAAUACUUUUUUUCCAAAUGCGUUCUCGGGGUCGCCAUAUCUGAGAAAUGGACUUUUACAGGCUUUCGGCUUUUACAGACUUCGGAGAGAUUUUGGCUUGUCCUGUUAGCCACGGGGCGUCUUCGGACCCCCCCUUUUCUGUCCGGCAUCGAAGUCUGUGUUCGCACUGUCUCGAUUUCCCCAUUCCUGCCCGGGCAGUUUUUCAGGGGGGUGCAGAGGACACUUUCUACGACACGGGACCGUGGGUUUGUCUGAAACCGGAACACGUUUUAUUCACGGCGUUUUUUUCCCGGACAGUUUUUAGCCUGCUCUCUUUCUUGGUCUCUCUCUUUUUUAUG